GUUCACCAAAACAUGACCAAAACGACACACAUACACACACUGCUAUCUUCCUCUCUUCAUGGUUUUGCUUUGAUUUUGCUACAUUUUGGGGACCGUGCGCUCCGCAAAAGCAACAGUGUCCGCUGAGACCGCAAAGCCACAGAUCCAACUAGAAUCAGAUUUUCAUCAACAACACUUAUGGGGAAGAAGAGGCCACGCUCUGAUGAUGAUCACACCCCACCCUUUUCUCCUCCUCCUCCUCCUUCGGACAUCAUUUCAUGUUCUUCAGGAAUGGAAUUAGUGUCGGAAGAGAAACAAUUGCACCCGGUUGAUUCUGGUAAACAUCUAAGGCCUCUGUCUUCUGUACUGGAUACUACCGGUACUUCUUUGAAGCUACUACAUGCCCACCCUUCUGCUGCACAACAUCAUCAGAGCCUUGGCCGAUCAACGUUUUUUAAACGUUCACGUCAUUACUAUGCCCAUCAAUACUCUCGGCGUAACUCGGGCCAUGUUGCCACUGCAUCAACUUCUCGUGGAAAAGGUACUCCUUCACGUGAAGAAAAGCUCUCUUAUAAGUUGGCUACUCAAUGCAGCGCUGACUCUGGACGUCACUCAGAAAUCAAGGAAAAACCCUUUUUCCGGCCGGCCAGAAUUAGGUCCAGUUACUUGGUAAUGGAUGCUGCCUCAGCUGAUCCAAUGAAGAUGUUAUGUGGGAUUUGUCAAAAGCCAUUGAGGCGCAAACCUUUAUUCCUUGGGACCACGCUGUCUUCUACUGAAGUCUCUGUUGUUGCAGUGUUAGUUUGCGGCCAUGUUUACCAUGCUGAUUGUUUGGAGCAGAAAACAAGUUUUGAAGAAAGACGUGACCCUCCCUGUCCUUUGUGUGUUGGGUUGUUGCCCAAGAUCGAGGAUUUAAGAGAGCAGGUUUAGAGAAGUUGGUACUUGGAAUUUGCAAGGAUCCCUCAGGCGGAAAUGUGUUUCUUGAGAGUUCAUGUCAUCCUUGUAAACUCUCUGGCAAGUUAGCAACUUUUAUCUGCGGCCAUGUUGUCGUGCUGACUGUGUGAGCUGUGAGCAUGUUACAAGUUUCAGAGAUAUUUUUGUGCCCUGCCUGCUCAUUGUUGUGUGCUCCGAAAGUUUACAGAGGACAGUAGUAUUUUGUAAAGAUGUUAAUUUUGCACCAUUAAUAGCUCGAUACUGAUUGUCUAGAAUCUAGAUUAGAAGAUCCACAGCUAGAUGGAAACAUUGGAACUGUUAAUGCAGGUUGUAUUCAGUACUUACUGACUGUUAGAAAUUCCUAGCAGAUUAGAGGAAGCGACUUUUUUGCACUAUUCCAAGUAACAAAAUCUAGCUCAUAUC